AUGGGACAAAAACGAGCGGGACAGUAUUGGCGGCUCAGACGACAACAGCAGCAAGAAGCCCUAACACAGAAAAUUGCACCGUCGCAAGAAGCGACGAGUGAUAGAUAUGGUAACACGGUCAAUGAAGGUGAGAGUAUAUCCGAAUACGAAACAAAAGCAAUGGAUGGGCUAUGCUAG